UUAAAAGUUGCUCGAUAGGCUACGACUGAAAGUGAAAUAACUAAGUAGUGUUGUGUGAAAGUGUUAAAAUAAAGGCUGUAAAUUAAUAUAGAUGUUUGAUAUUUACUAUACAAAUAAGAACAUUAAGGGAUGGAAACUCUAAAACAUUUUGCUUGUCCGCAAUGUAAUCUAAGUUAUACAGCGAGAGAAUCAAGACCACAUCAGUCACGGUUGCCGUUAAUUUUAAGUUGUGGCCAUUCACUUUGUGAAGGGUGCAUCAGAAAGUCGGCAAAGGACCACAAAGCUGUUAUUUGCCCAUGUUGUCAUAAAAUUCUCAGUUUGAAAGAUGGUGAUGAAGAUAUUCUUAAGUUACCACCAGACAUCCAUGUGCUGGGUGUAUUGGCUUUAUCGUACAGGAAGCCUACUGACCUCAAUGUUAGACUAGUACCAGCAGGUCAUAAAUGUCAACAAUCUAAGGCUGUCCUUGAGAAUGAUUGUACAGUCAUUUGUGAUGAAUGUAAUAAAUCAGCUGCCCACUGGAGUUGUGACAAAUGUACUGCAAACUUUUGUAACAUCUGUUUUGAUCUUAUUCACAGAGGAUCCAAGUUGAUGAAGAAACAUGAAGGGAAACCUUUGUAUGUAGAGGAAUAUCGAAGUAUAAUUCAAAGUGGUUGUGCUAAACAUGAUAGUCGCUCUGUUGAAUUCUACUGUGAAGAUGAUGACCAAGUUGUUUGCAGCUAUUGUGUUGUCAUGGGAGAUCACAAAGGACAUAGCGUUAUCUCCUUAGUGGAGAAGAACCAGUCUUGUACCGAUGAUUUACGAUGUGCGAUUGCAGAAGGUCAAAAGUUUCGCUCUCGCCUGAAGUUAACAGAAAAGAAACUGUCAGAGCUAAUUCCGGAAGAGAAAAUUGAUACAGCUCUUCUUGCCAAGGAAGUUCACUCACGGUUUCACACAAUUCACGGUUUGUUGCAGCUCAGGGAAUUGGAAAUCAUUAAAGAAUUGGAAAGCCUAUCAAGUGAACAUAUAACUCUUUUGGAGAAAAUGAGGCAAGAGGCUUCUGAUCAGCUGAAACAGUUAACAGCUUUGAUAAGAGAUGCUGAAAAGGUUCUGAAUAAUAGUUUCAUCCCUAUCAAUGUGGUGGAUGUACUUAAGAAUCUUCAUUCAGCUAAAGAAAUUCCUUGUCAUCUGGUUCCAACUGAAAAUGCAGAGAACAGAGAUGAUAUCAAAAUUGAAUUUGACCAAAAUUUCAUAGAUGGAAUUCCACAAUUUGGAAAAGUUGAAGCUGAUAUAAAACAAAAGUAUAAACUGUGUUCGGAUGCAGAGCUACCACCUGAUUAUAAAGUUGAAGAAACUGAUGAUGAUUUGCUUCUAAACACAGAUACAGAGUCUCUGAACAGUUCUAUGGCAGAUGACAUCUCAACCCAUGGAAGUACACCUCUACAUACUCCAGACAGUCAAAAAUUAAAGAUAUCACCUUUCAUUAAACCUAAAAAAGCAACAGUAUUAACACAAGAAAUUGUUUUUGUCACACACAUAAAGGAUCCUGAUCAUUUUUAUGUGCAACGUUUUUCUGAAGUAAAGAAAUUACAAAACCUAAGUGAGAAUAUUAACAAAUGGUGCAGGAGUCGUGAAUCUUCACAGCAAGUUCCAAAAGUUUUAACUGUUGGGGACCUCUUCCUUGUUCAAUAUGGACUUGAUAAAAAGUGGUAUCGUGCUAGAGUGUUGAGAAUACUUCCUUCUGCUAAAGAUCCAGGAAGAGCAAUGGAUACAGGAGAGCAAAGUGAAAAUAUGCAGAAUGUUAAUAAUGAGGUUAACAGGAAUUUGUCUGAACAUUCAAACAAUGGAAACUCAUUGGGAGGAGAAGUAAUCCUUCACACUUCUGGAAAUAAUACCAGUCAAUCAGCUAAUUUUUCCCCAACAGAUAACCAGGAAAGUUUAGAAGAAAAGGAAGCAGUUCAGAAGGAAAACAUGGAAGAAAUGGAAAGUUCAGAAUCAUAUAGUUAUACUUCUUGUGAAUCACAAAAUACAAGUGAGGGUGAGAAUGGAAAUUUGCCACAAAAUGUUCAUGAACAGAGAAACCUCUGUGCUGAUCCUGUUACUAGUCCAGAAAACGUUUGUGACAAUAUCCGUCUAGUUGCAGACCUACCAAACUUUGAGGAUACUAAACAAGACAUCAUUGUUUCUGGAGAAAGUAGAGUUGAAGUUCUCUAUGUAGAUUUUGGAAAUACAGAAGUUGUUCCACAGUCCAGAUUGAGAUCAAUUCAGCCAAAGUUUUUGAGCCUCUCCUGGCAGGCCUUACGGUGUGCACUGUGGGACAUUGUACCAAGUGAUAAGGUUGCUUGGUCUCAGAAAGCUAUCAAACUAUUUGCACAGUUUGUAGCUAAUAAACAAGUUAGGAUGAAAGUGAUCGAACAGAGAAAUGACAUACUAUAUGUCGACCUCUGUGAAACUGAAACUGACAACAUAAAGAACGAGAUUCCUAUAUCUGUUCGUGAUGCCCUCGUUUUUCUAGAAGUUGCUUGUUUUCCAUCACCACAUUCCAUUGAUAAAAAGAUGCAGCUUAAACGAAAGUAUUUUCCACCUGAUCAAUUUCGACCAGGCCAAAAACUUAAUGUUGUGCUUAGUCAUUUGGAGAAUCCUGGGAAGUUUUUUGUACAACAGUUAGGAGGAAGUGCUCGUCACCUAAGUAACCUCAUUUUUCAAAUGCAAGAAAAAUUCUCGGAUUCCAAGAAAAACCUACACGCAGUUUAUGCUCCUCGUAUGGGUAUGGCAGUAGUUGGCAAAUUUUCAGUAGACAAAAAUUGGUACCGAGCUGAAAUUAUUGGCUUACCUGGUGAUUCAAAUGUUGAGGUUCGGUAUGUGGAUUUUGGUAAUACAGAAGUUCUCCCAUAUUGGGAUUUACACAAAAUACCAGAUGACUGCAUGAAACUUCCAGCUCAAGCUAUUUCAUGCAGCCUUUCGGAUGUGGCUCCUCCUCAAGGAAAAGAAUGGAGUGAUGAGGUAACAGUUCAACAUAGUUUCACUGAGGGAAAACCUUCCUUUACAAAUCUUUGGACAUUCUUUGAAAAGAUUAGUGCUUAUGUAGAUGAGGUUAAGGGUAUGGAUUUGGUACGGUUCUUGGAUUAUGGCACAACUGAAACAGUUUCAACAGAUGACAUUCGGCCUUUGGUGGAGCAGUUUCACGUAGACCCAACUUUUGCUAUCAAGUGUCACUUUGCUGGAGUUAGGCCAGCAGGUGGCAACAACUGGUCUAAUGUGGCAUGUGAAGCUUUAAGCGAGCUACUUUCAGCACAUGAAACUCUUUAUCUAACUAAAAAGGGAGAAAUAAAAAACAGUUCUCUUCCGAUUGACUUGCUGGUUGAGGAAGUCCGUGUGGGAGGAGCCCUUGAGCCAAGCAUUGUUGAAUACACCAGCAUUGUCCAACAGCUUUUAGACAAAGGUCUUGCAAUUCCAACUCGCAAUGUUCAAGUGGGUAGCUCCAAUUUGAUAUCCCCAGGAAAAAAUCAAAAUGUCACAAAUGAAUCCCUUCAUCCAACUGAAGUAAAAUAUAAAGCCAGCUUAACUAAUAAAAUGAAGUGGAAACCAACUGUUAUGCCCAAGGAAAGAGAAAUGAUGGUUAUACCAACACAGAUUGGAGAAAAUGGCACAGUUUUUUUACAUAGAGUUGGUGUGGGGUCAGACACUUUGCAUGUUAUCAAGAAUGCUUUACAAGUCAAGUUUCAAAACUCUGAGUUUGUGCCUCCAUCAACUUUCCCAGAAAUUGGGGAGGCAUGCAUAGCCAAGUUCUGUUUAGAUAAGAACUGGUACAGGGCAGAAGUGACCAAAGUAUUGGACAAUAGUAUAGAGGUUUUGUUUGUAGACUAUGGCAACCGUGAGGUAAUCUCCCUCCAAGAUAUCCGAUUGGAGCCAGUCAUGAUGGAUAUCCCAAGGCAGUGUCUUGAAUGUGAACUUGAUGGUAUCAAACCUACAACAGAUGACUCUCAAUGGCCAGUGAAUGUUUUGGACUUUAUUCAUGAAACUAUUGUGGAAAAAAUGUGUACAAUGAAAAUCAAGACGCUGCCUGAACCAGAGAAACCUCUGAGAAUUUCUCUUGCAUUGCCAGGAGGUCUUGUACUAGAGGAUAUUCUAAUAGAAAUGGGUUUUGCCAAGAAAGUUGAAUUUUCAGGAAGAACUACAUGCAACACUCUGGUAGUUGAUGAUGAAAUGUUAUCGACUGUAACACCUAGUGGAAGUGACGAGAUUAAGGUAGAAAUGGUUUCUCCAUACUUAUAUCCAAAAAUUCCAGAAAAAGGAAAAAUAUUUCCAGUGGUGGUGACUAACUGCGUAAAGCCUAAUGAAAUCUACAUCCAAAGACUUAAAUUAGAAGAAUCGUCUUUAGAUGAAGAAAAACUAAUAAAUCAAGAGUUUGAUGGAUUCCUAGUGAUGAUGGAAGAACUUGGUGAAAAUGGAGAAAGUUUUCCUGUCCUUAGAGAUUUAGAACAAGGGCAGGCAUGUUGUGCCAUGUAUUCAUAUGAUGACAGAUGGUAUCGAGGUUUGAUCAAGGCAGUGAGCAGCUUGGAAGUCGAAGUAUUGUACAUAGACUACGGGAAUUCAGAAAUCAUUCCUAAAGAAAAUUUUAAUCGACUACGAGAGCUUCCCAUCCAGUAUUUUAUGUUCCCUGUUCAAGCACUCCACUGUAAGCUAAACAGAUUAAGCCCAGUGUCAGACAGUUGGUCUCAGGAAGCACUUGUAGAGAUGGUUGACAUUCUGUUUAACAACAGCUUGAAAUUCUGGGCUAAAGUUUGUGAUCCAGGUCCACCAUUAGAGAUCCAUCUAUACACUAAGAACCUUGAACAAGAAAUGACUUUAGUGUACCAAUCUCUCAUUGACAAAAACCUCAUGAAACUUGACAGUGCUAUUGUACAAGAAAUGUGAUGAGAUUGUGGUCGUCAACACCUUGUGCUGAGCUUCAAGCAUGUAGGAUGUAUAUAUCAGGUGCUUUAGAUGACACAUAAAAUCUUCUGAGGUGCAUGUGUGUCUGUUUGUGUAUAUGUAUGAAUUUACAAACACCCGUGAAGGUUGUAUGUGUUAUCUGAGGUGCAUGUGUGUGUCUGUCUGUUUGUGUAUAUGUAUGACUUGAUACACACACCUGAGAAGGUUGUAUGUGUUAUCUGAUACCACCAUAUACUGAGCUUCAAACAUUUAAUUUGUAUGUGUGUGUGUGUAUAUAUUAUAUAUAUAUACACAGACACACAUAUGUAUAGACACACACCUAAGAAGGUUGUAUGUGUCAUCUGGUAUGCAAUAGGUAAUUGUGUACAAUUGUACUAAAAUUCCAAUUAUGAUUCAGGAUUGAAUGUGCACAUUCGUAUAACAAAGUUUUGUUGAA